AUCGCUGGCUCUCCUUGCGCUUUGCCUGUCCUAUGUGUCUGCAUACACCUCCCCAUCACGUUCCUCACAUACGCCGCCCUCAUCCUCUCUCUGCUCACAACCACAGCGAAGAUGCCGAAGCCGCCGAACCUCUACUCCUUCCCGGACAUCGACAAACACCUUGCGCCUAACCUGCGCCGCUACAUCCUCGAUGCCCAGAAAGAGGCCCUCGACCGCCACCAUGUCUUCCGCGUUGCCGUCUCAGGCGGUUCUUUGCCAAAGACUCUCGCAAAAGCUCUCCUCGCCCCCUCCACUUCCGACGCCGAUACGCCUCAAUUCUCCAAAUGGGAAAUUUUCUACGCAGACGAACGCUGUGUGCCGCUCGACCACGACGACUCAAACCACAAGUUGGUGAAAGCCGAUCUGUUGGACAAGAUCCCUUCGGAGCUGGGCACUCCCAAGGUAUUUCCAAUCGAUGAGAAAUAUCUAGACGAUCCGCAAGAGAUGGCAGAUCAAUACGAGAAGACACUGGUAUCCAUAUUCGCCCAGCGCGAUUCAGUGAAGCUGCCGCUUUACGACCUCAUUCUGUUGGGCUGCGGGCCAGAUGGCCAUACUUGCUCCCUGUUCCCAGACCAUCCUCUGCUUAGGGAAGCAGGCGCAUGGGUUUUGUCGAUCACGGAUUCGCCCAAACCACCGGCAAACCGUAUAACUUUGAGUCUACCAGUCGUACUACAUGCUGCGAGGAUUGCAUUCGUGGCGACGGGUGGUGGUAAGAAGGAUGUGUUGAAGAAGAUUUUUGAGACGGAGGAGGGGAGGAAUCUUCCAAGUGGACUGGUGAACGACGGGGCAGGAGACAAGGUCAGCUGGUUCUGUGACCAGGCUGCGACUGAAGGUGUCAACUUCCCCAGGAGAGGAAGCGUGAUCUGAUGGAGGGUUGCAGAAGCACAUCUUGGACUUCCUGCCUACGAAGCGGACAUCGCAUUAAUGUAUCUGCGAUGGGGUUCCUCUAGCAUUGGUCUCGUAACUAGGUAGCGAUGAGAAAUACCAACGAAUUGGACGGCUGUCAAAUGCUG